GUAACUCUAGGAAGGAGAAGAAGAAGAAGAAACUGAAGCUGUCAUUACAAGUGUCAGAUGAAACAUAAACAGAAACAUGUCUUUAUUCUUACAGCCUAUUACAGUGUAGUUGCCGUGUAAAUAAAGACAUGUAUACAACAGGACAGGUUUAGAGACAUUUACAGACAUCAGUAUAGCCAGCGCGUUAUUUUCCACAUGAUCAUAUCCACAUUGCUGCACUUUUUUCCCUGUUGUUAUCUUAACACUAAGAGAUCAGAUGGAGAAGAUCGAGGCUCAGAUGGACAAGAUCGAGGCUCAGAUGGAGAAGAUCGAGGCUCCUUUGUUCACCUUCGGCGUGAUUGCUGAUAUUCAGUACGCAGAUUUAAAGGACGGUUAUAAUUAUCGCAGAACCCGGAAGCGUUAUUACAGAAACAGUCUACAACUGUUGAGAAAUGCCAUCAGGAGCUGGAAUGAAGAGGAUGUGAAGCCCAGCUUCAUCCUGCAGCUUGGAGACAUCAUUGACGGCUUCAACAGCAAGAAUGGUGCAUCAGAUAAAGCCCUGAAAACAGUGAUGGAUGAAUUCAGGAGCUGCUCUGCUCAGGUCCAUCAUGUGUGGGGCAACCAUGAGUUCUACAACUUCUCCAGGAGUGACCUGUUCUCCUCUGAUCUUAACAGUGAGGUCAAGGUGGAUGAGGAGAUAGAUGAUAGGAUGGAUUUGGUCUACGCUUACCACUUCAGCCCAGCUCCCAACUUCAGAUUUGUGGUCCUGGACGCUUACGAUCUGAGUAUCAUUGGCCGAGAGGAAUCGUGUGAGAAGUACAGUCAGUCGUUGGACAUCAUAAAGUCACACAAUCCUAAUGAGGAACUAAAUCAGCCUGCAGGCAUAUAUCCUUUGGAUGAAAGGUUUGUGAAGUUCAACGGAGGAUUCAGUCAAGGUCAGGUCGACUGGCUGGAUAGAGUGUUGACCAGUGCUGAUGAGAAAGGAGAAAAGGUCACGGUUGUGAGUCAUGUUCCUGUUCAUCCCUUGUCCACUUCCUCCAUAUGUCUGGCAUGGAACUUUGAUGACGUCCUUUCUCUUCUGCAGUCUCACAAGAGCGUGGUGUGUUUCAUGGCUGGACACGACCACGAUGGAGGUUAUUGCAUAGAUACAGCCGGUAUUCAUCACCUCACGCUGGAAGGCGUUAUUGAGACACCACCAGGCGGUGAUGCAUUCUGCACUGUUUGUGUGUAUGAGGACAAGAUGAUCCUCAGAGGUAAAGGGAGAAUUAAGAACAGGAAGCUUUGGUAUCGAUGAUGAAGAUCGAUUAGAUUUAAAAUAUCAGAAGUAUGUUUCUGUAUCCAAUAUUUAAGUUAGGGUUUAAAAAAUGUCUGGUGUUAAGAGUAAAAUGACCACAGCUCUCUGCUGUGAUAAUGACAAGCAUACAAACUAUUUCUUCUUCUGAGGUUAUGGAAAUGUGCCUGAGAUGAUCCUCCUCUGAGAGUGUUUUUUUCCUUGUAUUUCUGAAGUAUAACAGACCCAUGUUGCUCAGUUACUGUAGGUAGCUUAGAUUCCUUCUAAUCUUAAAAUGGAAAAUAAUCCCAUUCUGUAUCUCCACCUGAGUUACAGGUUGGCUCAGUGUGGGAAAAAAUAAUGCUUCCAAGCCCCAUGAUAUAUGCUGCCGAACGUGUCAGAAACCAAAGCCAGAUUUUGAGUUAUACAUCACAUGUCCUAUAGAGAUGACAGCGUAAAUUGGGCAGAUAAUUCUGUCAGGAAUUUACAGGUCCAUAUGUCCAGGUAUAUAUGUGUCAUUUGAUGUGAAAUUAAUUAAAACAGAGACUUAUAAGAUAUUUCUUGGAACAGCUGGUCAGGCCUUUGUGAAGCCUUAAAUAGAGAAGAGAAAGUAUCUAUGGUAGUUAAAAUCCACUUACUUGAGCAUUACAUCCAUCUAUCCGGUCUGGGCUAAAAACCAGCUGUUAGUUGGGGUGGGAAUUUUGAUGUAAUGUAAAUGUCUACAUAUUUUGUCUCAGUGUCUUUCAGGUCUAAGGGAUUGUGUGUUUGUGUGUGUCUGUGUGUCAGCUUCAUAUACAUUGGAGAUACAUAGAAAUACAUUGUACAUGUAUUUUGGCUGCUUAACAGUCUAUUUAGAUUUAUUAAUGUCACACUAACUCUAACUUCCUUUUCCAAAAUAACAAAAACAUCCUAAUCUCUAAAGUUUUUUUUAGUAAAGUAAUCUAAAGAUUUUCACAUACAGCCCAGUGACUGGCAUAUUCCUGUUAGUUAGUAAAUUAUGGUAAUUUACAUCACAUUUUGCCUUUUUGAUCAUUAAAAAUAUAAGAUAGUGUGAAAUAAUACAUUACUUCAGUGUACAAUCUGCUGAAGUGUCUGCUAUAGUGGAAUAGACUGAUAUAUAAUCACUGGAAGAAAAAAUGGUAUAUCUCUGCAGGUCUUUUUCAUACAACACUGGGGUCACUGGGAUCCUAAACACAUCAAAACACAAUUAACAUUGUCAUUUAUAAAAUCAGGUUUUAAUGGGGGGAAAAACAACAACAAUAAAAUCAGAACCAUAAACUUGUUGCAGAAUGUUGCAUGUUGAAAUACUCAAUGUGCAAAAUUUUAUUUUGCUAUUUAUAUUUUUUGUAAGUGUGAAUAAUGAAUGAUGAGAAUAAAAUAAUCAAAUGUAAUAUUUUAAUAAUUUAAAAA